GUACCCUCCUCUUUCCCCUUUUCAUUUCAUUUAAGAACAAGAAAAGAACCUUCAAUUCGAUCCCAAUUACUGGAAAAUCCCUAUUUCACUCAUCAAAUUAGGGCAUCUAAUGGAUGCAUCUUUAACUCUCUCUCUUUCUCAAUCCAAUUCCAAUAACACUCAAGAAAACCUAAUCGGUUCAUACUUCUUAGAACAAUGGCGACUCAAAUCCAAAACCCGACCCGAUUCCCCAAAACCCGACCCGAUGGAAUUAGACGAAGAAGAAAAUGAAGAGUUACCAACUGAACUGGAUACUGUGAAUAGUUCGGGCGGGUUUUCAAUUGUUGGACCCGAUAAACUUUCGGUGCAAUACCCUAAUGUGAAUUUACAUGGACAUGAUGUUGGUGUUGUUCAAGCUAAUAAGGCUGCCCCUUGUAAAAGGCUUGUUUAUUAUUUUGAAAUGUAUGUGAAAAAUGGUGGUACUAAGGGGCAAAUUGCUAUUGGUUUUACUAAUCCUGGUUUCAAAUUGCGUCGCCAACCUGGCUGGGAAUCAAACAGUUAUGGAUAUCAUGGUGAUGAUGGACAGCUUUACCGUGGUCAAGGAAAGGGAGAGGAUUUUGGCCCAGUUUACUCAACAGGUGAUACUGUUGGUGGUGGCAUCAAUUAUGCUUCUCAAGAACUCUUUUUCACGAAAAAUGGAGCUGUUGUAGGAACGGUUUUCAAGGAUGUAAAGGGGCCAUUAUUUCCUACGGUUGCAGUUCACAGCCAAAAUGAAGAGGUUACCAUCAACUUUGGGAAGGAUCCAUUUGUUUUUGAUCUUAAGGCAUAUGAAGCGCAGGAAAGGGCAAAACAGCAUUCAACUAUUGAAAAAUUGUCUAUACCUCAGAAUGCCAGUUAUGGAAUUGUUCGCUCAUAUUUACAACAUUAUGGAUAUGAAGAUACACUGAGAACGUUUGAUGUUGAAAGUCAAAGUACUCUUCCGCCCAUCUCCUUUGUUCAAGAAAACGGCUUUGCAGAGGACAUGAAUACGUAUUCAUUAAAUCAGAGGAAGGUUCUUCGUCAGCUAAUUCGGAAUGGUCAAAUUGGUGAUGCAUUUGGAAAACUAAGAGAGUGGUAUCCACAGAUGGUCCAGGAUGGCACAUCAGCUAUAUGCUUUCUGCUUCACUGUCAAAAUUUCAUUGAGCUAGUACGGGUUGGAAAGCUUGAAGAAGCUGUGUUAUAUGGCAGGACUGAAUUUGAAAAAUUCUACAAGUUGGGAGACUAUGAUGACUUGGUCAAGGAUUGUGCUGCUCUGCUGGCAUAUGAACAACCACAAAAAUCCUCUGUCGGGUAUCUUUUAGGAGAUUCACAGCGAGAAAUUGUGGCUGAUGCUGUCAAUGCAACGGUUUUGUCAACGAAUCCUAGCGUGAAAGAUUCAAGAGAGUGCUUACAUUCACGUCUAGACCGGCUACUCAGGCAGCUAAGUGCUAGCUUCUUGGAGAAAAGGUCCUUGAACGGGGAUCAGGGUGAAGGUUUCCAUCUACAUAGAAUACUUAACAGUGGUAGGAAAGGCUGAGAGGUAGUCGGCUUGUGUUCCAGCCCACUCUCAACCCAUGUAUAUGCUCAACCAAUGUUCUUUCAAGUCACUAUUGGGGGAAAUGCCCCUCGGUGACCAGCAUACGUGCUGUGUAGAGUCGUAUGUACUUCGUUGAGUUGUAGUAACCAUUCAUUUUCUGGAAUAUUGGUUUGUCUUCAUUUCAUGCCCCCACGGCGGUAAACCUUCUGUAGUUCGUGCACAUCGAAUGGUCGAAUUCUCUACUCCAGGAUAAUGCCAUCCGAGGUUCUAUCGGAUAGCUUUUGUACAGAUUAUUUUUUUUAAUUCAGUAGAUGUUUUUGUGUAAGCUGACCCUUCAUGUUUGAUCCGAACAACUUUUUGGAAAUCAUAAUUGUUGAAAGAAGGCAGAUUGAUGAUG